AUGUUGACUCAUCGCAGCCUGCUCUGGGCGGCUGCUACUAUAUUGACUCCUUUUGUACUUGCAACAGGCGAUUUAAGCUCGUCAUGCAGCUCAGCAGCUAUAUCAAAGCCAGUCUUGUUCGGUGUCGAGAUACUCUCAAUCACCGCAAAUCCAAGUUUCGAUCAAUCGAAUCCUCCUCCAAUUCUACACUUGAGCUCACCGGUACAGACAGAUGCCCUAAUUAGCUUCUGCAAUGUCACUGUCACAUAUACACACCCUGGACAAGAAGACAGAAUUACAACAUCGGUAUUCCUCCCUCUCGAAGGAUGGAAUAACCGCCUUCUCGGCCUUGGCGGCGGUGGGUAUGCAACCCGACUACCAGGUGAUGGCGAUCUUCUGAAAGGCGUUGCGGGUGGAUAUGCAGCCGUGACUACAGAUGGAGGACAUGACCCCAGCCUUAUGACUGUCGAGACGUGGGCUUUGAAUAGCCCUGGCAAUGUCGACCUUUACGCUUUGAACAAUUUCGCACAUGUCUCAUUAUUCGAAACUUCCGGCAUUGGCAAGGCUAUCGCGAGUUCUUUCUAUAAAUCGGAGCCCACGUUCUCCUAUUUUGCUGGAUGCUCCUCUGGCGGUCGACAAGCGAUGAUGCUGGCACAGCGUUACCCCACUGCUUACGACGGAUAUCUCUCUGGCUGCCCAGCUAUGAACUGGAACAAGCUGAAUAUGGCAGAAAUCUGGUCUUAUGUGGCUAUGAAAACAGCAAGCUCCCCAGUCCCGGCUUGCAUUCUCGAUAAAAUUUCAGCUGCUGCAGUUGAGGCUUGUGAUGGGUUGGACGGCGUUGUUGAUGGCAUCAUUGAUGACUACAGAAAGUGCAAGUUCAGCCCACAUGAAACUGUAGGACAAAAGGUCGAUUGCGGCAAUUCCGAGGGUUUCAUCUCUUCCGAGGCUGCAGAUGUUGUGCAAAGUCUCUGGGACGGCCCUCGCUCAGCCAAUGGGGAGUUUCUGUGGUAUGGCUUUACCCCGGGUUCCCAACUUACCAUGGUCGCCAAUUCACAAUGUGAUGCGGACAAUAAAUGCACUGCCGUGCCAUUUCCCCUUGCAACAGAAUGGGUGAAGUUCUUUCUCAAGAAAGAUCCCGACUAUGAUAUCUCCAGUAUCACAUUGGACGACUUCUAUGACCUGUUCCAUGAGUCGCAACAUUGGUACCAGUCAAUCAUUGGCACUGAUGAUCCAAAUCUAUUUGGGCUCAAGCGUUCCGGUGGUAAAAUGAUCACUUGGCACGGUACUGUUGACCCGUUAAUUCCCGUAGGUGGCACGAGUGAUUAUUACGAUCGAGUGUUCGCUAUGGAUCCUAAAGUUGAUGAGUACUUCCGUCAUUUUGAGGCUCCUGGUGUAGCGCACUGCUUUGGCGGCCCAGGCGCUUUGCCCAAGACCGCAUUGGACACUCUAGUUCGUUGGGUGGAGGAAGAUGUCGCUCCAGACUCACUGCUAGGUGAAAUGGUGGACCCUGAGAGUAAUAAGACUACAUACAGAGACCAUCCUGCUUAUCAUCUGCUGCAACGCGAGGAAAGAAUCGAGGUGUUGCAACGAGAGAGAGAAUUGUAA